GAUGGAACACCGGAAAAAUCACGUGACCACACGCCGUAGUUCAAGAUGGAGACUGAGCGUUUCGCUCUAGCUAGCUGUGUACGAAAUACUCAAUAUGGCAAAUAAGACAGACUACCAGACGUUUUAGCGAUAAUAGUAAGAUUAGUAACUCGGUCUAAGAUGUGCAUUUAGCAGCUUUUGACCACGAUGCGGUAAAGGUUUUGGGUAAACAUAGACCACCUGAAGAAUUUUAAACAUUUAAGGUAGCCAGAGGAGAAAACUGUCAAUGGUCAUCAUCACAAACUCAUUUUGAGAGAGAGGAGAUCGAUAUGGCAUUGAGAGAGUUAAAGGUUUGCCUUCUGGGGGUAAGUGUGUUUCGAUUUUUAUUGAAACAUGUUCAUAUAGAGUCUACAGUGAACAUCUGUCUGUACCUGUGGAAUCAGCUGACAGAGAGGUCUGUUUAUAUGGGUUAAAUAUGUUAAAAUAUGUCAGUUAGUAAGUUAAAGAUAUAUACAUGUACAUAAUAAAUCACGUUCCUCUCCUUUAUUCACUUUGAGAUCAUCACAUAAGUCAUAGGCAGAACAUUGAUGCACCUCUGAACAGCAUCACAUUUAAGUGAAUUAUUUUCCCUUGAAUAUUUCCUGAAAACAUCCUGAUAUCUCAUUUGCACCACCACAUACUAAUAAGUAAACAUGUAAAGUUGAUCAAACAAAGAUUUUCUGGUUCCAGUUUUUAAAAAUUGAGGAUUUACUCUUAUCAUUAAAGCCAUUAACUCUUGGGCCUAAGGAAGCUGGUACUCCAUAGCAUCACCAGUUUUGGCAUUUUGUUGUUGAAUAAAAGGAAAGAAACAGCUAGAAAGUAGUUGUAUGUAUAACUCUCUUUCUUUACCUCUCCAUCUUUCAUCACCGGUCUUUGCUGCCCUUUGUAAUCCAGCUUUAAAUACAGGAUAAACAUGUGCGUGUGUUGACAACAGCAGGCUGCCUUUUUGCACUGUACCCUGUUAUAGCAAUGAAUAAAGUUAUUGUUGAUUUUACCUUGAGUUUCUUUUCUAUUUUCUGUAUGUAAUCUCAACCCCCUCUCAAUAAUCUGUUCACAAUAUUAAAACCUUUACAUUUGGUAUUUUGGACUGCAUGUCAGAUAAAGCAAACAUCUGAAGUUGACAGCUGUCACUCCAGAAAACAUGUGCUUGUAUUUAUUCUUCAGAAUUUACCGGCCUAAAUAUUAAACUGACAUAAAAAAUUAAAGUCACUGGACUGAUAGAAGAUGAAAAUUAAUGUGUGUUACAGCUUUACACCAUUUCAACUUUCCAAAGUGAGAUCACAGGUUUUUGUUUCAUGCGCUGAAAACACAUCAGUGACAACCACAAUAUUAAUGCAUAUCAGGGCGGCUUAUAACCGAGCUAAUUUUAAUUUUCUCUGCCGUUAUCUCAAAAAUAAGUUACAGAAAGAGCAUACACUGAACCUUAGCUCUAUACCUUCUACUCUUUGUCAACAGAAGCAUAAAACAAACAACGAAACCUUAAGUUUGUCUUCCCUGUUUAACUCUCACAAAGUUGCAGGCCUACAGAGGAAGCAGGAAGGAAGAAGCUGCCAUGAAAAAGCAAUAAUGUCUGGGCCCAUUGCCAGAGGAGUGUUUUUAUAGUUGUGAUUACACUUGUAGUAAUGGGUUCUGACUUUGUUUAGUAAUCAGCCUCCUUAUUUUGUCCGUGCAGGAUACCGGCGUUGGAAAGUCAAGUAUUGUUUGGAGAUUCGUGGAGGACAGCUUUGACCCAAACAUCAACCCCACGAUCGGGUGAGUUCGUGUCAUGUCACUUCUCUGUUUCAGGGGUGUAUGUUUAGGUCAGUGGAGGAAUCAUGAUCAUGCAGCGAGUUAAUUUCUGUGUGCAUAGUGUAGUGAUUUAUUAAUCAAUUUUACACAUGUUUAAUUUUGUACAUUGAAAAAGCCAAAUAUUUUCUGCUCUUAUUCUAUUUCUUCUAUUGCAACUUUUCUAUGUCUUACAUGAGAAUGUACUAAAGGUCUAUCAGUUUUCAGACAACUCAAAUAUGUCAUGUUUAGCUUUCCUGCAGAGUUGUUGGAGGAAAAAAUACCUUUAUCUUAGUGGCUUUGAGGCUAUCAAAUUAUGCACUCUAUUUGUAAGUAUAAACAGAGGUGAGGAUUGUGUAAGAAUAAGGAGAGCAUGAUUUAGCAAGUUUUCAAGAGAAGUGCAUUGAAACAGGCUCAUAUCUUUCAUCCCCAUCGGCGACAAGAAUUAGGCAAUCUGGGCAUGCACACUUUGCAAAGAGUGCAUCUUAACAAGCAGCACUAUUCUAUAGAAGUGAUUUUAUGUGAAUUACUUUGUGAUUUUUAUCAACUUGGUUUUUUUUUUUAAAUAAACAACGAAUCAAGAAAGCCAGCUAUAGACAUUUUUUAUUUUCUAAUCAAUAUAUGGAAGUACUGAACCUGGAUCAAUAUAUCAGCACUAAUUAGAUACAUCUUUGUCAGCGGAUUUUGUCCUAAUCAGUAACAGAUAACUGCUGAACAGAAAAGCUUGGUUUGUCUGAGGUAGAUUAUAAACAGCCCUUUCAUAGUACUGACAAACACAGACAAGGUAUUUAUGUAAUACUUGCAGACUUACUGGGAAUCAAAACAAAUGUGGAUAUUUCUGACACUCUCAGAAAAGCAGUUUUUGUUGUUGUGAGUCUUUUUGACUCUUUUUUUAAUUUGGGGCUCUGCUGUUUACUUAAGCUGUUCGACAUUUUAGGAUAUCACAAUCCAGAUGAUCCUAGUAAAGGUCUCAGACUUGAAAAUUCUUGUUCAGGUUGCGGCUAUAACCAAAUACCUCUGGAACGUGUUACCGAAUAUCUGUACUAUUUCCAUUCCUUUUGACCAGAGCUUCUUUCAUGACCAAGACCGUGCAAUACCAAAACGAGCUGCACAAGUUCCUGAUCUGGGACACAGCAGGACAGGAGCGGGUGAGUAAUAUCCACUGAGGUUUCUGGCCCUUAACAUUGUUUUCAAACGGACUGCUGGAUUGUAAAUCUGAGUGUUUUCAGCCUGUGCAGCCAAACCACAACAGCACAUAGUUAUGACGUUGUAAUCAAUCGGUUUGACUUGGCUGAUUUGAAAACCUACAGUUCCUCCCCUGUGAGUUUAAAGGGAAGUGAGAAAGUCACACAUACCACUCCCUGAAUCAGCCAGAGGGAGAGUGAAGAGUGCAGUUACUCAUGACUUCUGAUAGGGGGCAACAUUUACCUUCCUAGAGGGAGUGUUCAGCGCUGCUGUGUGAGGAGUCCUCCUUAUUCCACAGUUUUAAAGACAUGUGAGAUGUUUGCAUGUCUUCACAUUUGUACGUUAAGUUUAGUUUAGUGUCACCUUUAAUCUCUUUAAUCUCAUUUCUUCUUCCUCAUUGCUUUUAUUAGAUACAGAUAAAGGAGAGUCAGUGCAUUACCACUAUUUUCCAGAGUGGCAGACAUGGAUAAAUCUGUUGGUUUUCAGUGAAAUAUUAAAUUUAUUUAACCAGGAAUAAGUUACCAAAGCACAUCUACAUUGCAUUCUUGGCACUACAAUUGCUCAAGUUGCAGACAAAAAGUUAAAAAAAAGACAACAUUAAAAAUUAAUAAGCAGCAGUCAGCAGUAAAGACAUGUGCAUGAGCCAUGUGCAGUUAUUAUGUGUCUCAUGUGCCAAUAGCAGCAACGCAUUAUCCUAUUUUUUAGAGCCCACACCCCUUUAGAGCGUGAAACUGAAACCCUCUACGGCUGACGUAAGGAAGAGGAUACAUCUUGGUGUUUGAGUAAAAUUUUAGCAUUGAAGUCCAUCCCAACAACAACAACAAUCCCAGUUAUUUGCAGCGUAAGGAACUACUUUCUCUCAUGCCUCACUCCCUGUGUGAGCUCUUCCCUUUUCCUCUGCGUAGCCUUCUCCUUUUCUCCCGCACCAUCCCCUGCUGUUGUAAUGCCUUAUCCCUGCUGCUGUCCUCUCCAGAGAGGUGAGAUAAGAUGCUGUUUGCCUUUUAUCCUCCUCUUUCCCCUGGAGGCCUCUGCUUCUCGGAGACCCUUGAGGGGGACAUCAAUGCAGCCCUCAGUUAAGAUAAGACCUGAGGAUGAAACCCAAGCUGUCUCAGCCCACUGGCGUGUGCUGCCUGCUACUGUUUCUUAUCUGCAAGUCACUGCAACUCCACAUCAGGCACUGCUCUUUUCUCUCUUUCUAUUAUGUUUUCUCCAGUGGACUGCUUCUUUUCAUUCCUUUUCUUGGCAAGAAUCCAUUUUCUUUCAUUCCUCUUUGUUCGUCUCUACCUUUUCAUUCCCACAAAUCCUCUUUUUUUCUCACGAGUUUCACAACCGUAUGGGGAAAAACAAGUAAAAUUCUUUUCAGUAGGUUUUGUGCUGUGGUAUCCUGAGCCUCUCUGUGCUUGUUUCUCUAACUUCUGUGGAGUUUUGGCCGAUCAGAAGCUGUUGAUUUGAGGCAGAGGGAACGCAAAUCCAGCCAACGCACAUGGAAGGGGAGACUGGGGCAAAAGUGUGUGUGUGUUUUUUGUUUUUUCUUCAACCCAUAUCUCAAGACCAGAUGAGGCCUCACGAGUACAUCUGAGCCCAGCUGUCAACAGCCCAUCGAAGCCGUCCUCUGCGACUGUUCUUCAUAUAAAAACAAGAAAGAAGAACCAUGUGUCCCACAGGAAUAGUGGGGUUUCUUUCAUUAAGCACCCAGCUUGUGGUUUUAGUAAUUAGUCAGCACUCACAGGGCAUCGCUUGGGCUGCUGUGUGGUCAGACGUCUGGCCUCGCUGUGAUUACUCGUUGGGUUAAAGCACAGAUAGACCACACAGAACUGUUGGUGGUGCAAACCCAGCAAUGAAACAGACAGCACUCUCCACAGUGCCUCUGCCAAAGCUGGAGUCCCGCUGGUGGACUUGGGGCCAGCAACAACUAUAAUUAUGUGGAAUGUGUGCUUUCCUGAGGUAACACUGUCACUCCAAGAUGGAUAGUUUAUUCCAUCAUAUUGUAAAGGAAAAUAGAAUUGGCGGGAAAGCCUGGGUCACUUGAAGUGAAGGUCUUUUUCAGUCACGGGUUGUUUCUUCUAAAAUAAAUAUCAUCAGUGAAUACAUGACACAUGGUUUUAUUAGUGUGUUAAAAAGCCCAGAACAGCUUAUAUAAUGCAAGAAGGCGUACGAAAGAGGCUUCAAGUUUAAGAGGGAAAGAAAUCCUCGACUGUUAUUCCUCUAAGUAUAAUGUAUGCUUGUUUUUUUAUGAAUUUUUGAGGCCGUUACUAUAUAAGCGAAAUUAAAAUCAAGGGCUUGUUAGUUUCAGGAUUCAAGAUUGUAUCUGUCAGACAUGAAUCCUGGUGGGCCUGGAGGUGCAGUGAAUGCAGUACAAGAGCCAUGAUGCAGAAACAAAGACAACACUAAAACCAGGGUUUCUGCUGGGUCUUAAAAGUCUUAAAAUAUCUAAAAUCCAAUCAUUUGAAUUUAAGGCCUUGAAGUGUCUAAAAUUCUCGCCAACCUCAUAAAAUGUCUUGAUGUUCAAAAUGUAUUGAUGUUUCUUACAAAUAGAUUGAUUUUAAGAAAUGUAAAAUGUUCUGAUUUCCCUUCAUGUCUUUUGUACUUUUGCCAGUAUGAAUAUAAAAUGGAUCUUAAAUUGCAUUUAUUAUGGUCUUAAAAAAAGCUUAAAUUUGACAUGUUUAAACCUGCAGAAACCCUGUAAAACACACGUAAAUGUAUUAAGAAAAGAAUACAAAUUUAAAAAAGGUUCAUUUUUGAAAGUUGUUUGAACUGAAAUGCAGUGAUUUAAUCUCAUGAAUUUGGAUUCAUAAAUCAGAGUUAUAUAGUUGUUAAACAAAGCAGGAUGGAGGGAUGUCAUGACCUCAAAUUUGUUUACUUGAACAGGAGCUGUGGUGAUUUAUACAGGCGCAGCCAAAGGCUGUUGACUAUUGAUUUCCCUAAAUAUUCUUAAUGGCACAUUAAAGCUCCUAUGUGGAUUUUUUUUAUGUUUCAGCAGGAUGAAUUUUUUUGUGUAAUUCAGCACUAAAGCACGCAGAGAAUAAGAUAAGCAAAGAUGGUUGUUCCACAGGGGGGCGCCAAACUGAAAGUCCUUCACUGCAGCAUUAAAGUUACUACCCUCACUUUAAGACCAAGCAGUAACCUGUGGUGUUGAAAAAAGGAGCCAGUAUAACAGUGCAAGAAAAAAAAAACUGCAGUUCCACGAGUGUCCACUUGAGGCUGGCUUUAUAUCUGAGCUAAUCCCCAAUAAACUCCACAUUAAAGUACUAACUUUAAUAGUUAACACGAUCAGAGGCUGAUAAAAAUACCAACUUUGUUAUCUGACUCAUUUUUAUUUGUAAAAAACUGUUUGAAAGGUGAUUUUUUUCUUGUAAAUUCAUCAAUUCUGAUUGCACCAAGGCUGAGUGUUUUGCAUAAUUGGGGAUGAUUGGUGGCCUGGCGUAAUUGACUCACAGAUGGUUUUGUUAUGACUGGCAACCAAGAUUAAUUUGGCCUGUCUGAGCUUCAUCAGUGUCUAUAGAAUCGAAAAUCAGACUAUUCUAACUUCAUUUCAUGUAGAAAAAAAAUCAAGAGAAGUAUUUGUGAGUUUUAUUCUUUGGGCAACUUAAUAUAAAGUAUUAUAUUAAGUUUCUUCAAAGUAGAAGAGACUGAUGGACACUGGCGUCCGUUUGAUAAUACAGCUGGCAUUACUAAAACACUUCUAUUUGUAAUAACUGUGCAGACUAAGUGUUGGAGCUGUGUCUCUGUGAGCAUUGGAAAGAAUUUUACCCCAAAAAUACCAGAAUCUGGCAAAAGGAGGAGCCCCUGGCAUCCCGGGCAGCUGCACUUAGAACCUCACAUGUUGUUUUGAUUAUGCAGUGCUUUGUGAUUAAACUCGAACGGGCUCCAAUAAAUGUCAAAACGCUAACAGCUUUUGACACGUUCUGCUCAUCUCUCUGUUGAUCGCUAACACAUGUGUGAAGUUUGAGUGGAAUAACUCCCCACGCUAACAUUUGAGAUAAAACCACAGGGGCCUUCGGUUUGGUAAAACACUGCUUUGUCGUAUUAUCGUCCUCGUUUUUAUACUCUGUUUGAGGUUGUUACAGUCAGCACUAUUUAAUCAGUCUAAUAAAACCCUGUUAUGUAAUUACUGUGGUUGGUGACGAUGUAAUGGAUUAGCUGUAUCCAUCUAAAGCUCCAACACUGCUCCCUAAUCUGAGCAAUGUGAAAAUAUAUGAUAGCAAACUGCACUGUAAUAAUAUUUCUUGCACUACUUUCCUGUUGAGAAUUGAUGCAUCAGAGGAAAAUCAAAGUUUUCAGUCUCUGUAUUAUAUAUUUUUAUUCAUAUUCUGCACUGUAAUAACAUGAUUCAGCUUCACUACACUGAGACACACAAAUGUUGGAUAGGCAUAAGCGUCAUCUUUGUCUUACUGACCAUUUGUCGGCCCUCUCUGUCCUUUUACAGUUUCGUGCUCUGGCGCCCAUGUACUACAGAGGCUCAGCGGCGGCCAUCAUUGUUUAUGACAUCACAAAAGAGGUAUUAUUUACUUUUAAUCCUCAUGCAGCGUAAUCCGCAGAGUACACACUGUAUAGUUUCAUUGUUUUCUACCACGUCUUUACUUAAUUAGUCAGAAUCGAAGGAAUUUAAAGAUACAGUCAUGAAAAUAUGAAUCAUUCCGGUGCUGACCAGUGAGAGUGAGGAUGUUUAACCAUUAAAUCGACCAUUCCCAAGCUUUUGUGAUCAGUUUUUGUGCAGAUAUAACAAAAACAGGAUUAUCACCAAAAUCAAAUCAAUGUUUUGCCAAUUGUUUAAUUUGUUUUCAGCUGGUUUUGAAUCUGCACCAAAAAAUCAGACCAGAAAAUGUGCCUGUCUACUUCAUAGUUGAUUUCAUGUAACAUAUGUUGACCUGUAUCAUCAUCAGGAAUCCUUCCAGACGCUGAAGAACUGGGUGAAGGAGCUGCGACAGCACGGUCCUCCGAAUAUUGUAGUUGCAAUCGCCGGCAACAAAUGUGACCUUGCAGACGCCAGGUGAGCCAAAAGUAAAGACAAACCUGGUCAUAAAACAGACAGUUUUAAUGUUUAAUGAGAGGCUUCCUCUUUUAUUUACAGCCGGGGGAUGAUGGUAGGAUUUUGCUUGUCUGGUUUGGAUGGAAACCUGUUUGUGAGAAAAUGUUUUGACCUUUUAAAUUGGAAUAAUAUUUAGUGUUUGGCUCAGAUGUACAACAGCAGGGAGGAUAAUUGGCCUUCAUACUGUUUAGUACUGCGUGUAAACAGUCUGCUGUGAGAUUUGGGGUAAACAGAGUCUAACCUCUACUUGGUUUUAUAUCAAGUUUGAUAACGUUUGUGUUGAUGUUCAUGUGUAGCAGAAAAGAAGGCAAAAUAAUCUUCAACAUUUGAGAGGUAGCUGAAGAUAUUCGUGUUGUUAUCUUUCACAAAAUUGAAAAAUCUCCCAGACUCUCAUACAAACACUCUCUUGUUUAUAAGCCCGUCCAUGAAAUCGUGAAAUCUGCCAUGUAACAGCCGCAGAAGAACAGCUUGAUUAUUAUCAUAUGGUGCAUGAAAUCGGAGGAUCUGCUCACAUAUUGAGUUAUCGUGACAUAUCUCUGAUGUUUACAGGGAAGUGCCAGAGAAGGAUGCCAAGGACUACGCUGACUCCAUCCAUGCCAUCUUUGUAGAAACCAGCGCCAAGAACGCCAUUAACAUCAACGAGGUGUUUAUAGAGAUAAGUGAGUGUGUUUUUCUUCUGCCUGUUCAUCCUCAGGUUCCCAUUGAGCUGUGACUAAUUAACUGUUGUGCUGCAUUAAGAUAAUUAUCUUGUUUGCUUUGGUGUUUUAAAAGCAGGUAGAGAAUGUUUUGUCCAGAAUAGAAAUGUAUCUCAGCGGUGUUGUCAUUCUUUCCUGAGUCUGUAUCACAUAUUUGAUCGAGCUGAGGUUGUUGUUCACAAUGAGCUUGAUUGCACUGCAGCUUCAUUCUCCCUGCGUAUUGUGUAUUUUUCAAGUGCAGAUUAGUUUUUACAUAAUGUACCUGUCAUGCAGUAGUUUUCUCUCGGUGCAUUAAAGGAGUAUUAGACCCCCCCUCCAGAGAUGAAUGUUGCCGACUGCUUGCUUCUCUAGUUAUACCAACUUUAGUAAUGACCGCAGGAUAAUAAUACACAGCGGUCUACGUCUCCACGCACAAACCUCGACCAAAACACCACUCUAUAGCCACAAAUAAUGCUCAGAACAGCACCUAACUUCAUCAACAGGACAUAUAGGGUCCCAGCCACAGCACUUGCCAUCAAACAUCUUUUUAGCUUUGCCUGAUUUCUUUAGCAAAGAGACUAAACACAACUCACCGAAUGGAUCACUGAGUGCAGCGGAGUUUCGCAGCUCAAGGAAGAACAUUUAUGAUCAUUACUUCAUGGAAAUGCAAUCAGAGUUUUUGUGUAUCAUGUAUGUGCACUGCAGACGUGAUAGUUCUUCAGCCUUAGCGUCUUGGUCUGAUUGUAUUUCCAUGAAGUAAUAAUCAUAAAUUUUCUGCUGCACUCGGUGAUCGACUCGUAAGGGCUCCCCCACAAACAAGCGGUUGCUGGAGGAGAGUAGGUGAGUUGUGUUUAGUCUCUUUGCUAAAGAAAUCAGUCAAAGUUAAAAAGAUGUUUGGUGUCUAGUACUAUGUCUGUGACCCUAUAUGUCCUGUUGAUGAAGUUAGGUGCUGUUCUGAGCAUUAUUUGUGGCUAUAGAGUGGCGUUUUGGUUGGGGUUUGCGCGUGGAGACAUAGACUGCUGUGUAUUGCUAUCCUGCAGGUGUUACUAAAGUUGAUUUAACUAGAGAAGCAAGCGGUUUGGCAAAAUUCAUCUCUCGAGGGGGUGUCUAACUCGGUGUUGCGGUGUGUUUGACCAAAACUUAAAUUUAUACCGGAAUAUCCCUUUAACACCAACUUCCUACACUACAACGUUGUACCUUCAAGAUCUCCAGAGGAGCAGAAUAAUUCAUUACUAAUAUUUCUUAUGUUUCUGUAGCUGUUGCUCUAACAGUCACUCAUAAUUGAGAAUCUAAGUGUGCAUACUUUUUUUUUCGGGUCCACUUUCUCUUCAUUUUUUCUUGUGUGAACUCAAUAGAUAUAAAAAACUUACUGCUAUGAGAACUGGGGCACAGCUGCUGGAUUGCUGCCAAUAAUUUAGCAUGAGGAACAACUAUUAAAAACUUACAAAGACAGUUUAUGUUGUGAGAAGAGGGAAGCUAACUCCUGUGCAUGUACUGUACUUACUCUGUGCGUGUGUGUGUCCCUCACAGGUAAGCGCAUCCCGGUUGCAGAAGCGGCAGGAGGAACAUCAGGGAAAGGUUUCAAACUUGGACGGCAGGCCUCAGAGUCUCGCAGGACGUGCUGCUGAUGAUGCCGGUGACUGUCCCCUCAUGACCUGUAGCCUGAUCUUUACUUUCCCCAGUUUACGGAGGCACCUCACACCGUCCAGUCACACAACCCCGCCAUCAAUGAUACAGGGGUACAGCAUUUCCAGACCGAUGGCUGAAGCAGAAGUAAAAACAGAAACAAACAAAAUUCUGAUCACUGAAUGAUUAAAAACCUGUAUUAAUAUUCUGAUUUGUAAGCAAAAAAAAAACCUAUAUAAAAUCUAUGUUACUGGCUCUUUAUAGACAUGGACCUCUGUUUGGUGUGUUAUAACUCUGCACUGAACAGAGACCAUUAAAGAAGUCAGAUGUCAUUUGUACUUGUAAAUUUGUACAAAUCCACAAACUUUCAAACCAAAACAUGGACUGAAAUUGUUGAAUUUCACCAAAUUAUUUUGAUAACAGCUAAAUUAUUUCACUUUAUCAGCUUUGUGAAGGAUCCGUCUAUACAGUUUAAGUGAAUGAGCAUUUAUUUAUCAUAAGAUGUUGAUGAAACAGGACACUUUUAUCACCAAUACCAUUUCCAUACCGACUUUUUUUUACUUCAUUAAGGAUGUUUCAAGAGAUGUUACUGAUUCAUGGUCAAGCCAGCGGGAUUAUGCUCCAGAGAUUUAAGUGUUAUGAUGUGAUUUGCUGUGAUCACAUGGUCAAACCUGAGAAAUGAAAAGUAUGCGGGGUCUUAACUUUAAAGGGAUAGUUCAAAAAGUAGGAAUGUAUUUUUGUAAGAGCGGCAUGGCAAAGUUAAAACGAGUGUCAUAUUUCUACAGGGAAUAUAAAUCUGGAGUCCAUUAGCAUAAAUAUGCAUAAAACAGGAGAGCUAAGGAGGCAAAACAGGUCCAAAAAGUGAGAAAUCUCCUUAUAGGCCCCUCUAAAACUUGUUAAUUAACACAUUUAAUCUGUUCAUAUUACAGCUAGAUUUUUGUGGGGAUUAACCAAUCACAGCGGCAAUUUUUCAGGGAUUAUUUUGUCAUACUGUUUCGUGAUUUUAAGCGGACACCAGGAUAGAUGCCAGGAAGUUACUCGUCUCAGCUGAGGUGUACUCUGACGCAUAAUCCUCGAGUAAAGAAAUCGAGAAAGUGAUUAGUCAAAUUCAGUAAUUAUUCCCUUCAGGGGUAAUUGAAGGAACACAGAGGCACACAGACAACAAGAGCUAAGAAUUCAUCUAUUUAUUGACUCCUGUAUUUUGGUAGUUUGAUAGUUAAUGCCCCCUGAGAAUGACAGCUGCUUCAUAAAAUCUUAUCUGUGUGAUACAAACAAAUACGCUCUCAGAUUAUUAUGCUUUACUCAGAGUUGAGGACUUGCUGUUGCACUUAUUAAGUUUAUUGUUAUAACGGCUCCAGAUGCUCAUGUGCGCUCCACAAUUUCUCUUGAAAUUGCUGAAAAGGUGUUACUGAAUGCCAAAUAUGAAGUUUCCCAUCUUCCACGCAGCAAACUACUAUUACUUCAGCUUUUUUCUCUCAUUGAUGUUCUCCGAAACAUGAAUCUAUUCCUGCAGCUUUAAAACAUUUCAGAGGCGAGGCGAACAUUUGUGAGGCCUCGCCAAAUUCUUUAAUUGUCUCAUAAACUCUUUUUUUCCCCCCUCCCAUUUCUUUGUCACCAUCAGCGCUGGCUCACUCAUGCUGUGUCGUUUUACCACUUUUCCUGCGAUGGAAACAACAAGGUUUUGAAACUUGACACAGUUUCAUGGAAAAUCAGAUUUCAAGAGCUUAUAUUCCCCCUUUGCAUAACAUUUAAGGUGCCGAAUAAGACAUAGCUCUGUGUCGACAUGCUGACCCCUUAAUGAACCUCCUCUCUGUGUGCGCUUUGUUCCAGCCUCUGCUUUCUGAUUUUCCCUCCUCCAAGCUUCUUUGACUCAUUCCUUCAAAUUCCAGGCACUUAUUUUAAGUCCAGCUUUCAGAGAAAUAUGGUGCACUUUAAAGCGGCGUACACUGAGCUCUAUCAUCCUCUUAAAAUCAUGAAAGCUAUUUCUACUCUGAAAUUCUUAUGCUGCGCUGGAGUAGUCAUUUCCCUCUAAUAUUGGCCUAAUUAAACUUCACUUGAAGUUGAAUGAGCCCUCCCUGGACUUCAUAAUUUUGUGUAAUUUUAUGCCUGUCUGUAUCUCAUGGGAGUCACUUUUAGCCUGAAAACCUCUUUACAAAGUUGCCAAAAAACACAGAUGUGGCUUCAAAUUGACUGCGUUUCCACAAAUACACAUUUUUGGAUUGCCUUUAAGCGUCUUAAACGGACCUGUUUUUGAUCAGCUGUGCCGCUUUCCACUUCAGGAGUUUAUUUAAGAGUGCAAUACCUUUGUUUUGUAAAAUGUGACCUAACCCAGACAUUCAGUAACACAGUAAGAGUUGGCUCACAUGCAGAGACGUCACUGCCUUUCCUCAGUCGAACGCGUGAUAAUGACGGGUUUAUCCUGACCUCCUUUUCUGCUGAUGUGAUGGCAGUUUUAAGCACACAGUUGAUAUUAUGAGCAGUGUGAUGUAGCAAACUAAAUGCCUUAAAAACAUUUAGGUCAAAACUUUGAACGGAUUCAUUGAUUUACGCUGCUGCCUGGCUCUAGGUUGUAAUAUUAGCUUUGGCUGGUAUUUAAUAUAGCUCCAGUAAUUAUAUCUAAAAGGGAAUCACUCUGGUACUUAAACAGCUGCACUCUGUAUUAAUUGGCUUCUAAUACUAACUCACACUCUGUAUGCAGCCUGUUAUUAUCUCUGUGAAAACACUCAAUGAAACAUAGUUUAAAAAAAAGGUGUCAGACUCCUUAAUGUGCCCUGAUGUUAUUUUAGGUUCGGCUUUUAUUACUAUGAAGGACAUGGUGCCAAAUGAUGUCAACACCAUUUUACUACACCACACUUAAUCAGACUUUUUAGAGCUAAUGCAAUAUUACGAGUUUAACGCAUAAAAAAACACGUACAGGUAUUUGAAGUUUGAUGAUGUCACAUGAUUUUCCUAAUGUGAAAACAGGUUGGAUAAAAGUUGUCUGACACUUUUGCAUUGAAAACUAUCAUUCGUCUUGGGCUGGCCCUGGGAAUGUGAUUAAUCUGUAUUAUGUAUAUUUUUCAGUGUAAAUAUAUACCAUCAAAUUGCACACAAAUCAUUGAUCAUAUUCUAUUCCAGGCCUGUUGUGCGACCACAAUAGACUUGCACACCGUCUGCAGUAAUUCCAUUAGCAUUGUAGUAACCAUAUUUAGCUUUUUACUGUGUUUCAUAUUGAUCGUAAAAAAAAGAUGCCUGAAAACACUUGUUUGCAGUGUAUUUCCUAAAUGUGUAAAAAGGGAAUUGUCAAUUGGUUUACUAAUAAAAUAUUGACAAAAUUA